GCUCUCUCUUCCAGCCCGGACCAAGCAAGUUCUGUCUUCCCUCAGCUCUUCAGAGGAAGGGUUAAAACGACCAAGUCUUUCCUUAGGAGGGAUCCGCUUGCCAGGAUGGAGAAGAAAAAAUCACUUCCUGCUCCGCCUACCGUGGGAAAGUCGUGUUUGAAUUUCCCACGCGGGGCAGCAGAGGAUGGAAAUCUUCUUGGGGCUCCUGGAAAAGGAAGCGGUGGAGGAGCUCAAGGGCGAGACGUGGCGUGAGUGUCGGGAGAAAGGGAGCAGAAAAAUCAACACUCCGGAUUUUAAGAACUGAGUUUAGACCCCACCACAAGGCCUGGGAGACAAAAUGGCCACCGAGGAUGGAGAUGCCUCCGCCCUGGGCCUCCCGUGCCCCGCUGUGCUAGAAAAGAAAAUGAAGGCGGAAGAGCUGCAUCUAUCGGGCCUUGAGCCAAGGAAGGGAGAAGAAAACUGCCCCUUGGCUAUCCAAGCUGGGCUUGCUGAAGGGCCUGGGCGGCGAACCGUAUUGGAAGAAGUGGACGAGGAGCCAGAGGGAGGUUUAAAACACUGCUGGGAAGCCCAGUGGCAUCAGUUUUUGAGAACAGUGGAGGCUGCACCGUCAGAAGGGGGAGGCCUCCAGGAGGUGGCACCAGUGGAAGACGCCAGGGGUUUUCUGCAUCAUUUUGAGAGGGCAGCUGAUCCUCGGCAUGGAGGAGAGAAUCCGGCCCAGUUUCCCCCAAGUCUGAGCACAGAGGCCCGAUGGACUGACAGCCAUCCGUUGGCUGAAGAUCAAGCAGACCACCAGAACGUGAAGGAGGAGGCCUUGGAUGAGGAGGUCUGCGGUGCGGAGAUGCAGCGUCAGCGCUUCAGGCAGUUCCACUACCAGGAGAAUGAAGGACCUCGGGAAACCUGCAGCCGACUCCGGGAGCUUUGCCACCAGUGGCUGAAGCCUGAGAGGCAUGCCAAAGAACAGAUCCUGGAGUUGGUGAUCCUGGAGCAAUUCCUGGCCAUCCUGCCCCACGAAAUCCGGAACCGGGUUCAAGAAGGUGGGCCAGAGACCUGUUCCGAGGCAGUGUCCCUGGCUGAGGAUUUCCUGCUGAGGCAGCAGCAAGGGCAGGGGCUGAGGCUAUUCAAGGAAGAGCCAACGGAUGAUUUCCCUGAGGCAGAGAGAUCUCCAGCAGACACCAGGCAGAAACAGCUCUUUGUAGAAAUCAAGCUGGAGGAGGAAGGAGAUGCCACCUUACUGGAGAGAGACUCGCAUUUGGAUUCUGUUCCUGAAGGUCAUCGGAGGCCAUAUGGGAAAGAGAAGGAUCAGGCAGAGCAUUCCAGAGAAUUGGAACCAAAUGAGAUGUUGUCAGGGAGACUGGAAGAGAACGUUUCCCAUUGCCCUGAUGAGGGAGAAGCCUCAGAGAGCCAGCUGGAAAGCUUUUCGGAAAAGGAAGGGGUUCGAUCCGUUCAGAGUGACCUUCUAGCACACAGUAAGAUGCAUUCAGGCAGGAAACCACUUAAGUGCUCCUUCAGCGGGAAAUGUUGCAGCCAAAAGAAGACACUUACUGCGCAUGAGAGAAUCUACACUGGAGAAAGACCCUACAAAUGCUCCCACUGCGAGAAACAGUUUAGCCACCUUUCGACUCUCACUGCACACACAAGGAUCCACACGGGUGAGAAGCCAUACAUCUGUGGGGUCUGCGGCCAGAGCUUCAGCCGGAGCUCCUACCUUAUCCUUCACAAGAGGAUCCACACGGGAGAGAAACCCUUUCAGUGCUCCGACUGCGGGAAGAGCUUCAGUCAGCGGUCACAGCUUGUGAACCAUCAGCGCACCCACACUGGGGAGAAGCCGUACGCAUGCUCUGAUUGUGGGAAGCGCUUCAGCCAUCGCUCCAACCUUAAUGCGCAUGCGAGAAGCCACAUGAGAGAGAAACCCUAUAAAUGUGGCCUCUGUGGGAAAGGGUACAGCCAUCACUCAACCCUCAUUGUCCACGAGAGGACCCAUACAGGAGAGAAGCCAUAUAAAUGCUCCAGCUGUGGCAAAAGCUUUAGUUAUCUUUCCAACCUUUAUGCGCACGAAAGAAGCCACACGGGAGAGAAGCCCUUUAAAUGUGGGGUCUGCGGGAAAGGCUACAGCCACCGACCAUAUCUCAUAGCUCACGAGAGAAUCCACACAGGGGAAAGACCACACGCGUGUUCUUCCUGCGGGAAACGCUUCAAGCAGAGAUCGGCUCUUAUUGUGCACGAGCGGAUUCAUACAGGAGAAAGGCCCUACAGAUGCUCCAACUGUGGGAAAAGCUUUAACCAAGUGGCAGCUCUCACGGCGCACGAGAGGACCCACACAGGAGAGCGGCCGUAUACUUGCUCCAAUUGUGGAAAGCGCUUCAACCACCUUUCUGGUCUCACGGCCCACGCGAGAACACACACCGGAGAGAAGCCCUAUAAGUGUCCUGCCUGUGGGAAAAGCUUCAGCCAGCGCUCACAGCUGGUUAACCACCAGAGAACCCACACUGGAGAGAAACCGUUUAAAUGCUCCAUCUGCGGGAAAGAUUUCAGCCAGAGUGCAAAUCUUACGACGCACCGGAGAACCCAUAUGAGUUAGAAGCCAACCUGUGGGGGAAAUUGUAGUGAUGCUUAGAAUAUGGGGAAAGGUUGGGGCCCUUUGCACAAGAUUCCAGUGCUAUGGGGGGGGGGGGCACAUUGCCCUAAGUUCAUCUCAAGGCGUUGCUGUAAUAUUUGAGGACCUGCAGUCUUGUGGGUGGCACUGAGUUGGUCAGUAUUUUUUCUGGAUGCGCUAAAAGAACUGCACGACCCACAAUGCACUGUGCUUAGUGCUUAGGUCUUAAAGCUUUCUGAUUAGAAGGGAGGGGGGGGAAGCACAUUUUUAAAAGACAAGCCACAAGAGGGGAAAGUGGCUGCCGUUGCUUUCAUCCACCAUUCCAUAGGGAGCAAAGAGGAGAGCAUUGUGCUUGCUGCCGCCAGGGACCUCCAGUAAGCAGGGGAGAGGACAAGGGGGAAAAGGGAGGCGGGAGCAGGGGAAAGGCCAGGGGAGGAAGGUGACGGGCACGAGGCCAACAUAUCCAUACAGGAGAACCCUCAUUACUCAUGGAGGUUCUGAAUUUAAGACAUCUCCCCAAUUUCUAAUAUCAAAGAACUUGGAAAGAACCUAGUCUUGGAUUCAGGUAAAUACAGUAUUGUCGGCAAACUUUCCCUUCUCUUCUGACCCCAAUCCUUGGGAGAGGCCCAUUGUGGGCCUCCCAACAGUUUUCAUUUUCACUACUCAGGCCUAGGAAUGUGCACGGAACCGCAUGGGGGAGGCUCGAAGGUGGAGGGGGUGCUGCUUUAAGAGCAGGGGAGGGUGCACUUACCCCUCCCACCGUGUCCCCCCCACUAGCAUCCGUUUUUGUCAAAGCCCAUUGGGGUGGCAGCAUACCUCCCUACUGCUCCGUUGCGCCUGCGCAUUGGCUACUUCCAGUCCUAUCCGGACAACGGGGGCAAUGGGGUGACAAGGAGGUAGGCUGCCGCCCGGAUGGGCUUUGACCAAAAUGGAUGCUGGCGGGAGGGGUAAGUGCACCCUGCCCUGCUCUUAAAGUUAUAGACCCCCUGCCGUCGAACCAGUGAAACUGCCGGUUACGUGCACAUCCCUACUCAGGCCUAGAGCUGGAAGCAGGGCCUUUAUGAAAACGCCCCCAGAACUCUGGAACCAGGGGGUCAUUUAAACAUUUCAGUUUAGUUCCAGUUCUUAUACUAAGUUUCAAAACAGGCCAGUUUUGAAGUGGUUUGGAAUGGAUACACUGCAUGCAGAAUGAUAAUAUGGUCUCUUUUUGCCUGCAAUGCAAUUUAAAUCCAGUGGGGCAAUUCCCUCCCCCUCCUGUUAAAUAGUUAUAUAUUUUAAACUGUUUCUUUUAGAAUGUUUUAAAAAGUCGUCCCCCCCGCAAACAGCAUACCUACAACAAGAUUAAACAAACAUAGGUAAAUAAAUGACUCAUCUAACAAUU